CCGCCCGUGCCGGGGCCCGACCCGCGCAAGCACAAGGCCGCCGCGCCGCCGCUCGUGUCGGCGCGCCCGGAAUGGGACGCCCUGCGCCGCCACAAGGAGGCCGUCAUCGACGCCACGCACCUGCGCGACCUCAUGCAGGACGACGACCGCGUGCUCGCCCUGGCCACCGAGUACGACGGCAUCAUCCUUGACUACUCGCGCCAGCGCGUCACCAAGGAGACCAUCGACCUGCUGCUCAAACUGGCCGACGCCAUCGGCUUGAAGGACAGGAUCCACCAGAUGGUCUCCGGGGACAAGAUUAAUACCACCGAGGGAAGGGCCGUCUUGCACACCGCCCUCAGGGCUAGGAAGGGCGAACAGGUCAUGCUGGAUGGCGAAAAUGUCGUCGAUAAGGUCCAUGAGGUGCUGGGCAGGAUUAACAAGUUUUCGGACCAGGUGAGGAAGGGCCAGUUUUUGGGCGCCACGGGGAAGAGGAUCAAGAACUUUAUCGCCGUUGGUAUUGGUGGCAGUUACUUAGGACCGGACUUUGUGUAUGAAGCGCUCAAGACCGAUGCCGAGGCUGCGGCCGCGGGGCCCAAGGCUGGGUACACCCUCCAAUUUCUCGCCAACGUAGACCCCGUCGAUGUUAGGAGGGCCUGUGAUGGACUGGACCCGGAGGAGACCAUGAUCAUCAUCGUCAGCAAGACCUUCACCACCCGCGAGACCCUUGUCAAUGCCAAGACCAUGCGCAGUUGGUUGUGGGACGCCAUGGGCAACGAUCCGGCCGUCGUCAAUCAACAUAUGAUUGCAUGCUCGACAAACCUUGAGAAGACGAAAGAGUUUGGCAUUGACACCAAAAACGUCUUCCCCUUCUGGGACUGGGUUGGCGGCCGGUACUCUGUCUGCUCGGCUGUGGGCGCCGUGCCACUGAGCUUGAUGUACGGCCACGAGGUUUUUGAAAAGUUUUUGCGAGGUGCCAGGAGCAUCGACAAGCAUCUCGUCAACAUGCCAUUGAGAAGGAACAUCCCCGUCCUCAUGGGCCUGCUCGGCGUGUGGAACAUGAGCUUCAUGGGCUACAAGUCGCGCGCCAUGCACCCGUACACGGAGGCCCUCAACAAGUUCCCGGCCCACAUCCAGCAGGUCGACAUGGAGAGCAACGGCAAGCACGUCUCGCGCCACGGCGUCGAUCUCGACUUCGAGGUCGGUGAGGUCGACUUUGGCGAGCCUGGCACGCUCGGCCAGCACAGCUUCUUCCAGCUGCUGCAUAUGGGGCAGGUCGUGCCGUGCACCUUCAUCGGCUUUGUCGAGUCGCAGACGCCCUCGUGCCAGGACGGUGAGCCGGUCAGCAACCACGACGAGCUCAUGUCUAACUUCUUCGCGCAACCGGACGCUUUGGCGAGCGGCAAGACGGCCGAGGAGUGCCGCGCGGAGGGCCGCGACGAGGCUUUGAUUCCGCACGUUACGUUCACCGGCAACCGCCCGUCGCUCUCGCUGCUGAUGCCCGUGCUCAACUCGUACACGUGCGGGCAGUUGCUGUCGAUCUUCGAGCACCGCACGGCCGUGCAGGGAUUCAUCUGGGAUAUCAACAGCUUUGACCAGUGGGGCGUCGAGCUGGGUAAAGUGCUAGCAACCAAGGUUCGCAAGCAGCUCAAUCAGAGUAGGUAUCACGAUAAGAAAGUGGAGGGUUUCAACGCGUCCUCACGGCGCCUCGUGGAGCGGUACAUCCAUGGAUCCGUCGGAUGCACGUUUGAUGAGAUUAUGAGCGACGAGUAAGGAAGGGAUGACCGUCAACCGGCGCAUCGCAUGAAAUGUGUAUUCUAUGUUACAGUUUUGGUCGCACGACGAUAAACCCCCACGACCCUGCACGCCAACCGCGGCGUGUUGAGACGCAUCAAAAACGAUUUCACACGUUCUACGGUACUAGUUUGCUAUAAAAAUAUAAAAAGUAUGAACCCUCUAGCGUCAAGAACUA